AGUUGCUGCUGAGUUUCCGUCAAGCUGCUCUCUUGACUUCAGUCUGAGGACUGCAGGUGUAAGUAGUCUGUACAAUAACCCAGUUUGGAUUGAAGAGGAAAAUGCGUCGCCAUCAAACACACAAAUGGUUAGUUGAUUGUUUUUUGUAGUUUUCUGUUGUCGGUCAGUCAGAAUAAUGACGAUGAGGAUGAUGCGAAGGGGAAAUCCUUAAAGCCAUUGUCAUACAGGAAGGAAGUGGACUUAUUUGACUCUUCUGUUCUGACUGUUGUGUUGAAAGAGACGUGUUGAGUUCAGGAAUAAAACGGUCCAAUUUUGUCUACUUCUGUCAACACAAUGACAAGUACAGCAAAUUACCUUUGGUCCCAGGAGGAUGUUCUUGGUCAGGGAGCGACAGCAAACGUCUACAAAGCACGAAAUAAAAAAACUGGAGAGGUGGUUGCUGUGAAGGUGUUCAACCUGGUGAGCUACAACAGGCCGUACGAAGUUCAGAUGAGGGAGUUUGAUGUGCUGCAGAUGCUCAAUCACGUCAAUAUUGUUAAACUCUUCGCUGUGGAGGAGAUUCUGUCGAACCCAAAGCAGAAGAUUCUUGUCAUGGAGUACUGCUCAGGUGGAAGUUUACUGAACAUGCUGGAGCAGCCUGAGCAUGCGUUUGGACUUCCUGAGUCCGAGUUCCUCAUUGUAUUGCAGUGUGUGGUUCAGGGAAUGAACCACCUGCGGGAAAAUGGGGUGGUGCAUAGGGACAUCAAACCUGGCAAUAUCAUGAGGCAAGUGGGUGAGGACGGGCGCUCCGUGUACAAGCUAGCAGACUUUGGUGCCGCCCGCGAGUUGGAAGAUGAUGAGAAGUUUGUGUCCAUAUAUGGCACAGAGGAAUAUCUGCAUCCGGACAUGUACGAGCGAGCUGUGCUGCAGAAUUCCCGGCCGAAAGCCUACGGUGUGUCUGUGGAUCUGUGGAGCAUUGGUGUCACCAUUUACCACACAGCUACCGGUAGUCUUCCAUUUAGACCAUUCGGAGGACCACGCAAAAACAGGGAGAUCAUGUACAAGAUCAUAUCAGAAAAACCAGCAGGAGCAAUAGCUGGUGUGCAGAUGAAGGAAGGCGGACACAUUGAGUGGAGAGACAAACUGCCACUCUCUUGCCAACUAUCAGAGGGUUUGAAGACCCAGUUGGUCCCGGUGUUGGCCAACAUAUUGCAGGCCGAUGAGAAGUGUUGGGAUUUUGUCCAGUUCUUUGGUGCCACUAAUGACAUCCUGAACCGCAUCACCAUCUACAUCCUUUCUCUCCAGCAGGCCACAACACACAGCAUCUACAUAAAAUUCCACAACACGGUCUCAAUCUUUUUUGAGGAUGUUCAGGCCCAAACUGGAAUUGAACCUGCGGCUCAACAGUAUUUAUUUCAGGGCCAUCCUCUUAUAUUAGAUCCGAGCAUGAAAGUAGUGAACCUUCCCCACACCAGCUCAGAUAACCCCAUGAUUCUGAUCAGCCGGCGACUGGAAAAGCUAAUUGGAUAUCCCUUCGAAGAACCUGAAUCCCCUUUAAUGCCUAAAAAGUUUGACGUCAUUGCAGAUUGGGUUUUCACCAAGACCAUCGUCAAGGUCAUUCAUCAGUACCUGCGGAUUGCUUAUUCACUGCAGAAAAACAGGGAAUUGAUUCUGCAGGGCUUCUAUAGCUACAUUGAAAAAACAAGCUCUGAAGUCAUUGAAGUGACGCACAGGCUUUCCACAGUGACACUGAAGCUGCAUUCUUCUAUCAGCACAGAAAAGAUUCUCCACACAUUCACUCAGACUUUUGCACAGGAGUUUCCAGACUUUAUAGACAGUAAGAAGAAUCUCCCAGUGAUUGAUGUGGAACUGCAGCAGAUGUACAGCAGGAGAAUCAGAGAAUUUGAGAAUCUACUGCAGUGUUUACGUGUGACACUGUCUAAACACUCAGAGACACUGGCCAAUGAUAAGAGCAUUCAGAAGAUGGAGGUUUUGUUGACGCAGAUUGUUGAUGUACAUUUCCAGUAUUACAGGGACCGAGGGACAGGAAAGCUCAGCUAUAAUGAGGAACAGAUUCACAAGUUUGAGAAGUUAAAUCUGUCUUCAUACAUAAAGAAGUUCAAGAGUUUAUUCAGGGAUGACUGUUUUCAGAAGUACCAGGAUGUUCUGAAUGCCACAGAGAGCUGGAGCAGGGUUCUGUAUGAGAUACAGACACGUCUAGAAAAUUUCAGAGGUAUUUUGCAGCAGAGGAUUUGGGAUUUGAAUGCACAUGAGAUCCAGCAGAAUAAGGUUGUGGAUAAAGUUGUGCUUCGAGCUGUCCAACAGCCAAUAGAAGCCGAGGUGGUGGAUGGAAUGAAAAAAGACGAGCACAUGAUUCUUAAAAUGACCAGGUUAAAGAAUGAGAUGGAGGCCGUGGCACGGGAACUACAGAAGAACAACAAUAUGAUAGAAAGCCUUUCGGUAGUUACCCCUACCAUGCCAGUGGAGAAAAAAAUACCUCAAACCAACAGACCAUGAAGACCUCAAAAGAAUACAGAAUGCACCAAAAUAUCUAUAUUCACAAAGCCCGGAACUCUGAGCUAAAAGAAAAGAGAAAGCAAAACAAAACGCGUCUCAAAACUGUCCUUAGUGAACAAAUUUCUCACUUUAUUGACUGUUUCCAGGAAAAGCAGCUGAAACUUCAUGAUGUGUACAACUGUGCAAAGCUGAAAGUACACAUUUUGUCUAAACUGGGUUACCUGUAUGACUGGAGUCGGGUCCCUUCGUGUGACCUUUAGAUUGUUUACUUUUUACUUAAUCUGUUACAGUGUUGUUGUUGUUGUCUUGUUUCACUAUUUAGCAUUUUAAAGUGCACCAAAAUGUGCUUAUGCAAAUCAUGUGGGAGCACAACUGUCCUCUCAUUGGUCAGAAUUCAUCUGUUUGCGUUACAACGUUUUAUCCAGCACAAUGUAUUGACUAGUGAGCUCUGCUGGCUUAGUAUGACCAAACACUAUAAAUAUACAAAGACUGUUCACUCGCAUUACUAUGAAUGGGAAAAAGUGUAAUGCUUCCACAGCAAAGGAAGUCCUGCCUUCUGGUUAAAAUAGCCAAUCGUCAAGCCUUUUAGCCAUGUGGUUCUUUGGGGGACACAAGGCAAGCCAUGUUUUUUGGCGACUACUAUGUGCCUGCAUUAAUUUGGACUGGAGAAAUGACAUCACAAAGUGUUCCAUUGUUGUCCUGCGAUCUUUACUUUGGGUCUUGUCUCUAUUUUUCUAUUGUUUAUAACUGUCAAUGAAAACAGCCAUACAGGACAUUGGUGUCACGCCAAUCAUUGCACAGACACAGUUGCUGGAGCAAACUGGAAAUAACAUGCUUUAAAUGUAAUUAAAAGUGACAAUAAUAAUAGGGACAGGUCACUUUUUUCAGAUUUGGUUGCUGGUUUGAAGUAUGUUAUUGAAUAGCGAGUUCAUCAAGUGUUUUUUGAUGUUUCAGGAUUUCCCCAUUCAUUUAGAAAAUGGCUGUUGGGUGAACAGACUUUCCUUGAAAGGGAUUUUGAUAUGACUCUCACUAAUCUGUAGUAAGGGUGUCCAGAUAUGGAAGUUUUGGCAGAUACUGAUAACCGAUAACUCUUUGUGUUAAAUGGUCAACACAAUCAAACAGCUCCAAGCUUUGUUUUUGUUGAUGCUGGGACACCUUGUUUAGGCGAGUGAUUGCUUUGUUGUGGACCCGAGUGUGAUUGCAGUGUUCACAUACAGUACUGAAUGUCUAAACUAACUCAACUAAGAAAGAAAAGCUGCCUUAUUCUCAAACAAACACUUCAGAGAAGACUGAAUUUAAAAUUCUGCUUGAAUUGAUUUUUACAUCAGUCAUAUCUUUUUAGAUUAAAUGUUAAUGUUAUUGCUGCAUUUUACCUUUAUACAAUCUACUAGUAUUGAUUUCAUCAGGCCAAGAAGAAAGAAAUGUAGAUCUGCAACUACAGUCUUCUUAAGUAAUCUUAAGACUUAAAUAUAUUGAUGGCACUGUGCAUUCAGUUGGCAAUAAUGGCAUUAUUAUUGCACAGGCAUGGAAUAAAGACAGGGGUGUUCAAUCAGCCCCAUGCAAUUGAUUUUGUUUUUAAGAGAUAACAGCAAUAAUGCUGGUUUGAUUAGAUUAUCGAUCACAUAACUUAGAGUCCUGAAGGAAGUUUUUUCUUUUUCAACAGUGCUCAGCUGGGAUCCAAAAAAAAUGUGAACAGUAAAUGAAUCUAGGGAUUACCAUAUUACAAGUACUGACUGGUAUAAACAGACUCACAACCAUUUGGAAAGUGAAAGCUGUAUGUGGUGGGUUCUGAUGUCACAUCACAGGGUUUGACUUAUGGGGAAUUCCUCACACUAUGGGGAACUGUAAUGACCUUACAAAGACCACGGUGUGGUUCACUGUCAAAUUUUAUGUAUAUUUGUCUUGACGUGGAAAUUUUAGUGACUUUCCUUUUUAGCAGUUUGUAAACUUGUAUCUUAGGUUUUAUUUUGUGUGUGUGUGUGUGUGUGUGUGUGUG